AUGGCAUCGUCAUUUGAAACGACUCCCCAAUUGACAUAUUCCCUCUCCUCCAUUGCUGACCUUCUCAAUCAACAUACAGAGUGUUCGAACAUUCAGCAACAACAAGAAAUCAUCAUCUCUUCGUCAUCUCCACUGCUUGUGAAACCGUAUCGACAUUCGUUCGUGGGUUCUACCACAACCUCAAAACAUCAUGACGCCAGUAAUCAUUCUUUAUUUCCUUUCAUCAAUGGCCUGAGCGACUUGCUGAAAGAAGAUCCCCAACCACAUCAUAGCAAUAAUCCUCUUCAUGAUGCCAACGAUCCAAAAAGCCAUCCAUUUGAACUCCUCCCAAGUCCUAUUAUGAUUCCUCAACCUCAAGUGGUCAAUCCAGGUUCAACUUCAACUUUUCCAACAACCAAAACACCAUCGCCCAAAGAGGGAUCUCUUUCAAAGGAUUUGGCACAGCAUCAUACUUCUACCACCAUUGACUGCGGUGUUGCUCUCGAUAGUGGCGAUGGUCAUGUGAAAUCUUCUUCAACGACGUCGAAUCAACAAGUCGCUGCCGUACAAGCACCUCAACAAACUAGUCUUGAUUUUGUAUCAGCGUAUGCCAUAUUCUUGCAGAAUCAACAACGACAACAACAGCAACAACAAAUCACACAAACUUCUUCGAAUAGUUUUCAGAUUUCAACUUCUCAAACUUCAGAUUCAACAGGAAUUCUGGACGUGUUGAGUGGAAGUACUCUUACCAAUCCCAAUGCUUACAUUCUGUUGCAACAACAUAAUCGGCCGUUGAUUGGAAAUGGUCAAACCAACAUGACGACAAAUGUUCCAAAUCGUUCAACCUCUCCUUCAAGCCAAUUGUCUUCAGUACCAACUACUACUACUAAUUCUGUUUCAUCAACAUCAGAAGGACCUUCUACGAAACGAAAAAGGAAUGCAUCAAAGGAGAGCUCUUCAAAGAAACCAAAAACCAAAAUGGAAAAGAAAGAAAGGAAGAAACAGACUUCAGCAACCAAUAAGAGUGAGAGCUCAUCAUUGAACUCUCAUUCGUUCUAUCAUCAACAACAGCAGUAUGCCAUUGCUUGUGGAAAUAUUUGGUUUGUUCCAAACGAAUUUGACGUGUUCAAAUCAGGUAAAAAGAGACAAGGAGUUCAAUACAAGUUUGAAAAUAUGAUUACUCCUUCAAAUUAUAAGGGGGUACCACACGAAAGGAGAGAUUAG